UUUUUUUCCUGUUGUGUUAUAGUAUCUGAAAUUGUUAUCUGGGUCUUGAUGCUAUGUAGUGUUAUUGAUAUCCUUUGAUGGGAUUUUGGCUGUUUGUUAUUAUUAUUUUUUUAAUUUAAAGUAGGUUUUGCUUUGUGGAAAGUUCUUUUUUUUUUUUUUACUGUGGUCCAGAUUACUAUCUGGUUAACAUUGUAUCUUUCUUUAUUUUAACAUAUAUUGGAGUUGCAACUUGGGAUGCGUAUCUAGUUUUGUUUUUUUCUGCUGUUUUCUUUGAUCUGAAACUUCUGUUAUCCAGUUACUGCUUUUUAAAUUGGCUUUUGGGUUUUUGUACUUACCUGAUUUGCGUUGAUCUUGGAUCUUGAUAUGCAGUCUCAAGGAUAUUAACUAUGGCUUUAAAUCCUGUUAAAGAUUGUACAUUUUUUAAUUGAAACCUCUGCUUGUUUGUUGUUGGUUUGGAUUUGAUUUAAUCAGUUAAUGGCGUAAUUCCUGACUUGGUGCACUGUGAUGAAUCAGGAAUAGAAACAAGUUUGGCGAUAAUCUUAAUUUAGAAGAUAGUGAUGGGGAUAUACCUUAGUUCUCCUAAGACGGAGAAAUUUUCAGAGGAUGGCGAGAAUGGUAGGCUUAGAUAUGGUUUAUCAUCCAUGCAAGGUUGGCGUGCAACCAUGGAAGAUGCACAUGCUGCAAUAACUGAUUUGGACGCUACCACUUCAUUCUUUGGUGUUUAUGAUGGACAUGGAGGUGAAGUAGUUGCAAAAUUCUGUGCCAAGUAUCUCCAUCAGCAGGUUCGCAAGAAUGAAGCAUAUGCAGCAGGAGAUAUAGAAACGUCUGUUCAGAAAGCAUUUUUCAGAAUGGAUGAGAUGAUGCGUGGCCAGAGAGGGUGGCGGGAACUAGCUGCUUUGGGUAAUAAGAUAACCAAGUUUAUUGGCAUGAUAGAAGGGUUGACAUGGUCCCCAAGGGGUGGUGAUUGUCACGAACAGCCUGAUGAUUGGGCUUUUGAAGAGGGUCCUCACUCUCACUUCUCUGGACCAACUUCUUCUGGGAGCACAGCCUGUGUUGCGAUUAUUAGAAACAACCACCUCAUUGUUGCGAAUGCUGGUGAUUCUAGAUGUGUGAUAUCAACAAAGGGUCAGGCUUACGAUUUGUCUAUAGAUCACAAACCUGAUCUUGAGGCUGAGGAAGAACGGAUUUUAGAAGCUGAUGGUUUCAUACAUGGCGGGCGGGUCAAUGGCAUUUUAAAUCUUUCAAGGGCUAUAGGUGAUGUGGAGUUCAAGCAGAAUAAAUUUCUACCCGUUGAAAAGCAAAUCGUGACAGCCGAUCCAGAUAUAAACACUCUUGAGCUUUGUGAUGACGAUGAUUUUCUUGUGCUGGCAUGUGAUGGAAUAUGGGAUUGCAUGUCAAGCCAGGAACUAGUAGAUUUUAUUCAUGAACAACUACAUUCGGAAAACAAGCUCUCUGCAGUGUGUGAGAGAGUGCUUGAUAGGUGUUUGGCGCCAUCAAAAGCAGGUGGUGAGGGAUGUGACAACAUGACCAUGAUCGUGGUACAGUUUAAGAAACCUAUAGGGUCCCCUGCUUCCGCAGAUGAGCAAUCCUCACAAUCUGAACCUGCUGAUGCCGAAUCUAAACCAGAGGAAAGCUAAUUGAAGUACGAUCUGCCGCCUGCCGAAGUCCCAGAUUGUCAAUGAGCUAUAUAUAUUCCUAAUUAGUGAGAAUCAAUUAUGUGAUUCUGCAAGAUUAUAGGCUCAUAAAAUAUUCCUAAAUAGUUUCCCAGUCUAUGUAUAUAUAUUCACGUUUGCUGUUAUACAAAACAAUGAAUAAGAGAAUAUUACAAUCACCAA